UUCUUGCGGAAAGGCCGAAGCCGUUCAACUUGUACAUUUUACCUUGGUACAUUUGUACAUUGAGGCAGCAUAGAGAGCAAGGCUCUCGCUGCCCUGUCCAUGGUUGCAGGUCUAGUCCUUCGUACAAGGUGCGAAUGCUGAGCCAGGGGGCGAGGCGGCCAUCUGCUGCUAACAGGCCAUGUCGGCUACCAAGGUACAGCUGAGAUGGUGACAAAGAAAUUGAUUUUUCUUGGAUGCUGCCCCAAAAUACAGCGAAGUCCACCACAAAAGAUGAUCAGCUGGCGAAACACCUACCAUUACGGGGUGAUCAAUGUUCUGGUGAUUGUUAAAGUGCUCAAUUCUCUCAUGUCUGAGAGUGUGGCACACCGAGGGGCCACCCACUGCCUGCCAAUAAUGAGGGAGCUUCUAUGGUGAUGAGGGCAAUGACACCAACCCGAAAUGCUGCAAUCCUACAUUCCCAUCCUUCGACUGCUCAUGAAUCAUCUUACUAUCCUGCAGUGUCCGGAUGCCUGUGUCCCAAGCGAGGAGGCAACAGACAUCCUUCUCCCGCCGUUACUGGCCGUUCGCCAACAGCACUCGACCGCCAUCUACGCAUAAACAUCGACCAUCGACAUAAGCCUGACCGUCACCCUGAUCAGCAUUCAAUCAGCAUGACUGCUACAAGAGACUUACCCCUGCUUCACUGCUCAGGUAAAUGAUGGCUCCCGCAAUGUCUUCCAUCUUUCCUAUCCGCGCCGCUGGCAUGGCUUUGAACAGUUCGGCAAACUGAUUGUUGCCCUCCUCGACCGGGUUCAUCUUACUCGGCACGACUGUGCAGUAUGUCAGCACCUGUCAUGUCUCAUCGUGCCAGCAGGGUUUACGUACAGCCUGGGUUGAUCGCGUUGACCCGGACAUACCCUAGAACACCAAAAUGUCAGUCCCCUUGGCUUCACGGAGAUGACAUGCAGGCCACAAGCACACUCACAUUUGGCAAAUUUGCUUGCCAACAGCGGCACCAGAUGAUCAAUAGCCGCCUUGCUGGCAGCAUAGCUUGUCAGAUCAAUGUUGGUACAGUUGUGCAUACUUGCGCAGCUGCUGGUAAUGAUAAUGACUCCCCGUCCCUCAUCUCUCCCACGUCGUCCAUUGCCCAGGUCAAGCUCACUCGCGGCCACGAGCAGCUUCAGCAAAGCCACCGACAAGAAAUAAUGCGCCGUGACAUUGACCCGGAACGUGUCGUCCCAGUCGGAAUGCUCUGAAGACCACAUGGACGCCUGCAGUUCCUCGAGUGACGCAGACUUGACAUUGCACAUCUGGAGCGGAUCUCGUCGAACGCCAGCAUUGGAGCAGAAGAUGUCGAGGUGAGUUUCAUGUUUCUCCAGCUCCGCUGUGACGGCUGCGAUGCCUUCUUUGGAUGAUAGGUCGCUUGAAAAUCUGUGAACGGGAUGGUCAGACCAGCAGAAUCCUUAUAUAACGGCUUGCGGCCAUGUACCCUACAGCAGUACCCCCGGCUGGUUUGCCCAGUUCGUUGAGCUCGGCCACUGCGCCUUGAAUGUCGUCGGUGGACAAGGCGGUCACAUAUACCUUUGCACCGUUGGCGACGAGGCCCUGUGGCGUUGUUAAUCAUUGUUGUUGCCCAGCACAUAUGCUAUAUACUCGCCUUAGCAAUCAUCAAACCAAUGCCACUACAUCCACCCGUGACCAAGGCCACCCUCCCACUGACGCCGAAAAGAUUGGCCACAGAGAGAGAAGACAUGGCUUUGGUUUUCUUUCUUUCCGCAGAUUUCGUUGUCACACUACGCAGAGCAAAACAAAAAAAGUCCCCAUGUCUGUCUACCGGUUACAAGAGAGAACUGGGUCUGAUCUACUGCUGACCGCCGUUGCGCUGUACUGCCGUGUUGGAUCUGCCGUGUGGCUUGUGGUCGCCGGCGUCUCGCGCUUCUCCGACCCGCUGGUCCAGUGGGUCGCACAUGUCCGUCCCAUGUGCGGACGAUGCUGUGUUUGAUAUUGGCAACACGGCGGAGAUAUCAACUCGAGGGAACAGUAUAAGAGAGUACUUGAUGCCUCAAGAUGCAAGACAUUUGCUCCUGUCUGGGAGAAUCCAGUCUUAAGACCUCAUCUAACACAGACAACCCCGUCAGGCAUCACACAUCAAGGCAUCUAACAUGGCUCUCUCAGUGGCUGGCCUCCUUCAGGCCGUCAACCACGACUACGCUCUCUGGAUCAUCGGAGCCAUUGUCCUCUCCUAUGGGCUCUACUGGUGGUCAACAUCCACGGACAUACCCAAGAUCAAGGGCAUCCCCGAGAUCCCCGGAGCAGUGCCAGUGUUUGGACACUUGCUGAAACUAGGCGAAGACCACGCCAGCGUGUGCGAGCACUGGUGGCGCAAAUACAAGCAAUCGGUGUUCCAGAUCCGACUGGGCAACACCCGGGCAGUGGUAGUCAACUCUUUCGACGACGCCAAGCAGAUGCUAGUCGGACACCAAAACGCAGUGAUCGACCGACCGACACUAUACACAUUCCAUGGGGUGAUCUCAUCAACGCAAGGGUUUACGAUCGGCUCAAGCCCAUGGGACACGUCAUGCAAGAACAAACGCAAGGCCGCCGGCCAAGCACUAGGCCGACCCGCGAUGCGCGGGUACUUUGACAUGUUCGACCUGGAAUCGUACUGCAUAGUACGGGACCUGUUCCGCGACAGCAAGAACGGCGAGCUGGAAAUCGGCGUACGGCCCUAUAUCCAACGGUACGCGCUGAACACGACACUAACACUCUGCUACGGGAUCCGCAUGGACGACGUGUACGACGACAUGCUGCGGGAGAUCUUGCACGUGGGCUCAGCCAUCUCUCUGCUCCGGUCCGCAUCAGAGAACUACCAGGACUAUGUGCCCGUGCUACGAUAUUUCCCCAACAACGAGAAGAACCGACGGUCCAAAGAACUCCGGGACCGACGCGACGCAUAUUUGAAUUUCCUGCUAAACAAAGUGCGCGACAUGAUCGCCAAAGGCACCGAUAAACCAUGCAUCAGCGCAGCAAUCCUAAAGGACGAGGAAACCAAACUGACGGGCGUCGAGGUGUCGUCGAUCUGUCUGUCCUUGGUGUCAGGGGGCUUCGAGACCAUUCCAGGCACAUUGACCUCGUGCAUCGGCUCCCUGAGCACCAAGGAAGGACAAGUCUUCCAAGAGCGGGCUUAUCAGGACAUCUGUCGGUACUACCCGGACCUCAAAGCCGUGUGGGCCAACAGCUUCCAGGAGGAAAAAGUGCCCUACGUCAACGCCAUCAUCAAAGAAGCUGCGCGCUACUACACCGUCAGCGCCAUGUCGCUGCCGCGCAAGACCGUGACAGACAUCCAAUGGCGCGGCGCCACCAUCCCGGCCAAAACGAUGAUUUUGAUCAACGCCCAAGCCGCCAACCACGACGUCGACCAUUUCGGUCCCGACGCCGCCACGUUCAAUCCCGAACGCUGGCUCAAUGACGACUUUGUCAUGAACCCGGAUGGACCUUUACCGCAGGAGAAACCCGCCCAAGGAAUCCAGCAUUUCUCCUUUGGAGCCGGCUCACGCGCCUGUUCGGGCCAAUUCAUCGCCUCGCGUCUGUUAUAUACCGCUUUGAUCCGCUUGUUGGCAUGCUACAAGAUCGUCGCUAGUGAGGACGAGCCCCCGAAUACAGAUUACGUCGAUUACAACCAGUUCAAGACUGCGUUGGUGGCGAUCCCCAGGGACUUUAAGGUCAAGUUGAUCCCGAGACAUCCGGAGAGUGUGAUCCAGGAUGUCAUGGCUGAUGCGAAGGAGCGGACGAAGGAUUAUUAUGUAGAAUGAGAAUGACGAUCGGAGAUUGAAUAGGGCCGUACUAUUAGUUUUGAAUAUCAUGAUUGCAGCAAGAAAAAAAUGACAGAAGUGUAUUUCCUGCA